GCGGCGUCGGGGAGAGCCGUGGAAGAGUAAGGAUAUGGCUGACACUUAUGAUGUCACGUGUCGUUUUCUGAGAAAUCGGACUUUGCAUGAUGAAUCCUGGUGAUGUCUUCGAGCUCCUGUGCUGACUGUGCUUGUUUUAUGAAUUCGAAGAAGAAUCCGGGAUAGGACACAUACUGUUUAUCUGUUGCAUUGUGCAUAUUCUGCUUGCU